GUCAUGAUUCAAGCAAAGCAGGCCUUCACCUACUACGAGCCAGAGAAGAAGGUUGUCUCACGCUCGGGCGAUGAGUGUGUGGUUGCGGCAAUUGACCAGUGGUAUUUGAAGUAUGGGGAGGAGACUUGGCGCGGGCAGAUUGAGGGCCAUCUUCGUAGCUCCAACUUCGUGAGCUACAAUGACCGCAUCAAGGAGUCAUUCGAAGAUGCCAUUGGCUGGUUGAAGGAGUGGGCAUGCAGCCGUUCCUUUGGCUUGGGCACACAGGUUCCCUGGGAUGAGCAGUUCGUCAUUGAGUCCCUGUCGGACUCUACCAUCUACAUGGCUUACUACACAGUUGCCCAUUUGCUGCAUGGAGAGGAGAACCUGGACGGCAAGAAAGGCAGCCCAGAAAAGAUCAAGGCAGAGGACUUGACGGACGAAGUAUGGGACUUUGUGUUCUUGAACGGGCCCUUGCCCAAGAAGAGCAAGAUUCCACAGAAGCUUCUGGAGAAAAUGCAGAAGGAGUUCAGGUUUUGGUAUCCUAUGGACCUGCGUGUCUCUGGCAAAGACUUGAUUCAAAACCAUUUGACAAUGGCUCUUUACAACCAUGCCUGUGUUUGGGAGAAGGAGCCAGACCUUUGGCCCAAAAGCUUCUUUUGCAACGGCUGGCUGCUGGUGAACAAUGAAAAGAUGUCAAAGUCGAAAGGAAACUUCUUCACCGUUGAUGAGAUUAUCAAACUGUACUCCGCGGACACAGUUCGGCUGGCUAUGGCAAAUUCUGGAGAUACUCUGGAGCCUGCCAACUUUGACCAAUCGGUUUGCAACAAAGCGGUGCUGACAUUGGCAGUCUUUCUGGACCUCAUGAAAUCGCUGGUCAGCGGCAACGAACUGCUUGACACAGGAGCAGAGAACGCCCGGUUUGUCGAUGUGUGGUUUGCAAACGAGAUCAAUCGCUUGGUGCAAGAGGGUAAGAAGUUCUACGAAACCAUGUACUAUCGAGAAGCUCUCCGCACGUGCUACUUCGAGUUCACCUCCAUGUUUGACCAGUAUCGAGACAUCUGCAAGGCUGCAGGCAUGGCGCCAAACAAAGCUUUGACCAUGAGGUACUUGGAGUGGCAGAUGAUCGUCCUCUCGCCCAUUUGCCCUCACUUCUGCGAACAUGGUUGGUCGACUGUCUUGGGCAAGUCGGGCUCUGUCCUGGAUGCGAGGUUCCCUGAGCCCACGAAGCCUGUGGAAACCUCUCUCACCAAGCAAGGGGACUACAUGUUCAACAAGGUUCCUCAUGACUUCAUCAAGCUGUUGGAGAAAGCCUCCAAGGGAGGAACCAUGAAAUCCGCUGUGGUUUAUGUCGCGAAGGAGUACCCUGAGUGGAAGAAGCCUCUUGUUUAGCAGAAGGUAUGCAUUCCUGAAGCAGCAUGGACCAAUGAAGCCUUGUGAUGCCAUUUGCUCCUCCCAGGACAGUGCUGGCAAAGUUGUCGCCAUGUCCUCAGAGCAUGGAGCAAGGGGGGCCCUGCUAGCAAAGCACACACUGGCAAGAUGUCCUAGGACAUCCUAGGUAUUUAACUUUCACUAAGUGCUCUCAUGAUUGUUGUUCUGAUUCUUGCAUAUCAGGCAUGUUAUCAGCAUUGUGUAAGCAGGGUGCUCCAUGGAUGUGAACUGAUAUUCAAGCCGGCCAUGUAACGGCUGCAAGGGAUUCGAGGAGUAGCAUGGGUCGCCGUUUCGUCAUCUGUCCUGGUCUCUGUGAGUGCCACAGUUUCUAUUUGGGCUCUUCAAGUCGCAAGCCCUUUGGCCUUUGAAGGCCUUCAUCAAUUGAGGACAACUGAACAGUUGCAAACAUUUGGUGCUGAAAACUGAAGCCCGCCUCGGGCUCGACAACUGCUCCCUCUCUCUCUCUGUGCACAUGUGUAAUGUACUCACCAGUGGCAUGUCCAGGCUGAAAUUUCAUUUGCCAUCUUACGCAAUCCGACAUAAUUGCUCUUGCGCUUCAACGCAGGUGCAAUUCACAAAGUGUGCAUUGAAGUUCAAUGAACAAAGAGUGCACUUCUUGAAGUGCAAUGAUGCUGAUGCUUUUCAUAGACAAUUCCACUGCUCGUUCAGCUGAGCGACCAUGAAGUCCAGAAGCCCAUGUGGCUUUUCAAAAGAAUGGCUCCACUAGAUGGGUCGCCACCAGCAAGCUCUUCACGCACUUUCUUAUGCACGGUUUUUGUGUGUUCACCAUUACGCUGCGUUGUGUGAUUUCCACUCCUGUAGCACCAGAAAGAGUGCCCAAACAUUGUGCACGUUUUGCUGUACUACAAAUUUGCUUUUCGCAUGAUUUCCAUGGCAGCUCACUGCUGCCGAAAUGUGUCUGAAAGGUCCUACUACAUAUUUGCAAGCUACCGCCUGCGAUCGACGUCCCAGAGCGGUUUUUUCACAAAAGUGGUGUUUGUUAGCAUCACAUGGCGGGCUGUUGUCGCAACAUAGUUUUAGGUGAGCCCAGGGCUUACCAGUCACCUACCUGUGACCGGAUGGCUCAAGCUGUUCGUGAUCAAGUACUUUGAGUAAGGCUUUGCGAGCACAGUUUGGUUUCAUUUCUAGUUCCUUCUGCUAUACUAUACUUCGGUUGGGUUCCAACACAGCUUUGCCUUUAGUGAUGUACCUUGUUGUGUUGCACGUUGCUUCUUCCAGACUUCACAAUCAAUCUUGCUUGCUUGUGAACAAGUGCGGUCUUGUUCUUAUUAUAAGCUCGUCAGCCUGACUCAUUGCUUUCCAAAGGGCAGUAAGACAGAAGGGG